UACAGUUUCGGGCUGGAAGGGCAGUGGUGAGGCGCGCGCGCGCCCUGCCGGCGCCCCGGCGUACUGCAGCCGCGCGAGUGCACUGCCACUCGCUGCCUCCCGCCUUUGUGAGCCCCAAACGCUCCAGAUGAGGCCGAGGCGCGAGAGCACGCGCAAGGCUUCCUGGGAAAUGUAGUUGGAUGUUUGGGUUAGAACUAUAAAUCCCGGCACGCACCGCGCUGCAGCCGCUCUCUGACGAAUCUGAACCUUGUUUGUGCCAUGGGAAAAGCUACACAAAUCGAAUUCAGUUUUCACAAGACACUUUUAGGAAACGUGAUAGCUUUCUCGGCAGGUGUGCACAGACCGACUUUGCUUCCACAGCAUACCCACCGUGGCGAAUCUGCUGUUGCGAUACUGUGGCUAGCCCCCCCACGGGGCCCCAAUGUGAAGCUUGUGGAAUCUGCUGUAGGAAGAAGGACGCGAAGUUUGCUUGGGCAGCUACUGUCAUGGCGGCGACAGCCCCCAAUGCCGGGAGCUCAGCGCCUGAGGCGACGGGUUCCACCGAAGCCCCGCUGCAGUACAGCCUUCUUCUGCAAUACCUGGUGGGUGACAAGCGUCAGCCCCGGAUCCUGGAGCCUGGGAGCCUGGGCGGGAUCCCGAGCCCUGCCAAGAGUGAGGAGCAGAAGAUGAUCGAGAAGGCGAUGGAAAGCUGCGCUUUCAAGGCUGCCCUGGCCUGCGUGGGAGGAUUUGUCUUGGGAGGUGCAUUUGGGGUGUUUACUGCUGGCAUUGAUACCAACGUAGGCUUUGACCCUAAGGAUCCUUACCGUACGCCGACUGCAAAAGAAGUUCUUAAAGACAUGGGGCAGAGAGGAAUGUCCUACGCCAAAAAUUUUGCCAUUGUGGGCGCCAUGUUUUCUUGUACUGAGUGUUUGGUAGAAUCUUACCGGGGAAAAUCAGAUUGGAAGAACAGUGUCAUUAGUGGCUGCAUCACUGGAGGAGCCAUUGGUUUCAGAGCUGGCGUAAAGGCUGGGGCCAUUGGUUGUGGAGGUUUCGCUGCUUUCUCUGCUGCAAUCGAUUAUUACCUACGGUGAGAGCAAUUGCCCGCAGCAAAGGAUGACGCCAGCCCUGGAUCAGAGCUGUUCUUUGGAGGACGGUUUCUGCACCGCUCCAGGGCCCUUGCUUCAGGGACUGAAGACAUUUGUUCUCCCUCACAUAGUUUGUGUUGUGAGGAAGCAGCCUGGCUGUCUGCCUCCAGCCUUCAGAGCAGCCACACUGUCCUCUCCUGGACUCUAGCCAGGCUUGACAGGAGAUGUGCCAAGUCAGAGUCUCUCCUUAGAGCAGAUCAGGAGACAAUGUGUUGACUUGUAGGAAUGAAGCUGCACAAAGGUUCAGUCCUGACCACAACUGGCCCUCUAGGUUGUUCGGUGCUGUGGGCCAGAGGUGACUGCAUCUUUGCAUAUACCCAGGAAGCCAUCCUACCUUGGAACUUCAUGCAGCCAUUCAUCUUGCAUACCAGGGCAGGGUAAGGUAAAUUUAUGCCCUCCGACCAAUUAUGUUAUUUGUUUAGCAUUCUGCCAUCUUUGUUGAAUAUAUAUAUAUUUAUAUAACAGUUUAAAUGCUGGUUUAUUUUUAAAUUCCACAAUUCCAAAAAUAGUGCCAGGUGGCUCAAAGAUUGAACAUCCAAAGGGAAAGAGAAAGUUCCUGAGAAGUCAGGGAAUGUCAGAUUACGAGUAAUGUGUUAUCCUCACCAAGAUUGUUAGGUCAGCUGGGGCCUCUCCCAAAAGAAACCUUGCAUAGCCCCUUCCUGGGAUGCAUUGAAAUUCCACACAUAGACCCUGUUGGCCUCUACUAAGAAGCCCUCCUGCGGGCUGGCUGAUAGGCUUGCCUGCAGUUUGCUGAAUCACACUUUACUUUCGUGCUCUGGCCACUGAACCAGGCCCAGCUCAAGGACACUUGUGUGAAGAGUCCUCCUGUGUGGUCAUCUUGAUGACUCAGUCACAGCUACUGGUGGUGUCGAGAUCAGAUGUUGUUGAGGGGCCCUUGUUCUCCUGUGUUUAUUUUAACAUGUUAAUGUUUUUGACUUGA